AUGCCCGCGCUCUCCCCAACAAUGACUGCCGGCAACAUCGGGGCUUGGCAGAAAAAAGUCGGGGAUGCCCUUGCUCCCGGUGAUGUUCUGGUGGAGAUCGAAACAGACAAAGCUCAGAUGGAUUUCGAAUUCCAGGAAGGAGGAGUCUUGGCAAGGAUUUUGAGGGAGGCUGGUGAGAAGGAUAUCGCUGUAGGAAAUCCAAUUGCAGUCAUGGUGGAAGAAGGCACAGAUAUCACACCAUUCGAGUCGUUCUCAUUGGAGGAUGCUGGUGGUGAGAAGUCCUCCGCUCUGAAGGAGCCAGAGCAGCCCAAGAAGGAGCUCAAAGUUGCUCCAGCUGCACCAAAGGAGGAAUCGACCCCAGCAGCUGAGGAGGAGCCUGUAUCAACGGGAGAGAGAUUACAACCUAGCCUGGACAGAGAGUCAUUUAUUGCCCCCGCAGUAAAAGCUCUAGCCUUAGAACGGGGUGUGCCCUUGAAAGACAUCAAGGGAACAGGUCCUGGUGGGCGGGUUACUAAGAACGAUGUUGAGAAGUACCAACCCGCCGGUACGGCUGUCAGUGCAUCUGGUCCAGCCUUCGAGGAUAUUCCCGCAUCUUCCAUGCGUAAGAUCAUUGCCAACCGUCUAGUGCAAUCCAUGCGAGAAAAUCCCCACUACUUCGUGACUUCGAACCUCUCCGUCACUAAACUGCUGAAGCUGCGCGAGGCUCUCAAUAACUCCGCUGACGGAAAAUAUAAGCUUUCUGUAAAUGACUUCCUCGUCAAAGCCUGCGCGGCUGCUCUGCUUAAGGUGCCAGCCGUAAACUCGAGCUGGGUUGAGGAGAACGGACAGGUCGUCAUCCGCCAACACAAGACAGCGGAUAUCAGCGUCGCCGUCGCCACAUCCGUCGGCCUCAUCACGCCCAUUGUACGAAACGCGCACACCCUCGGUCUCUCCAGCAUCUCCAGCCAGGUCAAAGACCUUGGCAAGCGCGCACGCGAGAACAAAUUGAAACCGGAGGAAUACAUUGGCGGAACCUUCACCAUCAGCAACAUGGGCAUGAACCAUGCCGUGGAGCGAUUUACCGCAGUCAUCAAUCCUCCUCAAUCCGCCAUUUUAGCCGUUGGCACGACGCAGAAAGUCGCUAUCCCCGUGGAGGGUGAAGAUGGCACUUCUGUCAAAUGGGAUGACCAGAUUGUCGUGACGGCCAGUUUCGACCACAAAAUCGUUGACGGAGCAGUUGGCGCUGAGUGGAUGAGGGAGUUGAAGCAGAUAGUUGAGAACCCUCUCGAGCUUCUCCUUUAA